UUUAUAAGUAGUUGUGCAGGGAAGAGAAGGCUGGAUUGUGCGGGAAAGAAAAAAAACGUAAUGGCGAGCGAUGGAAGCAACGAAUUCCGGGUGGUGUCGCCGCACAUCGACCACGAGGGGAGGCUGCCUCGGCAGUACAUGGGCGACGGGCAGGGCGCUAAGAAGAACAUUUCUCCGCCCCUGGAAUGGUACAACUUGCCGGAGGGGACGAAAAGCUUGGCCCUGAUCGUACAAGACAUUGAUGCCCCAGACCCGUCUGGGCCCAUCGUCCCCUGGACCAUUUGGGUGGUGAUCAACAUCCCUCCCACCGUGAAGGGUCUGCCGGAGGGAUUCUCCCUCAAGGGAGAGGAGAUGGGCGGCGAUUAUGCCGCCAUCAAAGAAGGGCAGAAUGAUAUGAAGAAGCACGGCUGGGACGCACCCAAGUUACCCUCCGGGGGCCACCGGAUUGAAUUCAAGCUCUUUGCUUUGGACGAUCACCUGCAUCUUGGAAACAAGGUAACUAAGGACAAGGUAUUGGAGGCAGUGGAUGGGCACAUACUCGGGGAGUCUGUCCUGUUAGCCAAGUUUUAGUCUUCCUUCUUCCAUUUAUUAGAUUGCGAAAUUCUCACUCUUGUCUUCUCUUUUCUUUAUGGAGUGAGCUGUGAUUGUAAAGGAAAUAAAUUCAAGUUUUUAAGUGGUACUGGUUUAGCUUGUGUGUA